UGCACUGCUUCAAGUCAGCCGCCGAUCGGUCUGCGCAGAGCUGCAUGAAGUCGAACAAGCCUAAAGCAUCUUAUAAUAAUAUGCGCUGAUGAAGGCUCUAGAUCGCGCCCACUCGUGGUCUUGUGACCAUUUCAAGAUGGCCGCGCCCUUAGGUUUGGAGGCGUGGCGAACAUGUUAUGCAGUGUAAAAACAGCUUGUCAAGUCUGCAGAAACUCGUUAAAGGUUUAUUUUCCGCUGGACCUGACUGUCAAGAAUGGAUAAGGACAAGCUGAUUCUCCCCAAAGACUUCCCAGAGCUGAAGAAUGACACAUUUCUAAGAGCAGCACGAGGAGAGGAGGUAGAGCAAAUUCCAGUGUGGUGCAUGAGACAGGCUGGUCGCUACCUGCCAGAAUUCAGGGAAUUCAGAGCAGGGAAAGAUUUCUUUGAGACAUGUCGCUCCCCUGAAGCUUGUUGUGAACUGACGCUACAGCCACUUAGACGAUUCCCAUUUGACGCUGCUAUCAUCUUCUCUGACAUCCUUGUGGUGCCUCAGGCCAUGGGAAUGGAAGUUCAGAUGACAUCAGGUAAGGGCCCCACGUUCCCAGAACCACUGAAGGAGCCUGAAGAUCUGCAGAGACUAAAGACUAAAGUGGAUGUGUCAUCUGGACUCAACUAUGUUUUUAAGGCCAUCACACUAACACGACACAAAAUGGAGGGAAAGGUUCCACUCAUUGGCUUCACUGGAGCUCCGUGGACUCUAAUGUCCUACAUGAUUGAGGGAGGAGGCUCUACCACACACUCAAAGGCAAAGCGCUGGCUCUACAGGUACCCAGAAGCCAGUCACAAACUACUGAGCCAGCUCACUAAUGUCAUAGUGGAGUAUCUUCUCGGCCAGGUGAAAGCUGGAGCUCAGGCACUCCAGGUUUUUGAGUCUCAUACUGGAUGUUUGGGCCCAGUGGAGUUUAAAGAGUUUUCUCUGCCAUAUCUGAGAGACAUUGCUCAUCGUGUUAAGAACAAGAUAAAAGAAUCUGGUUUGGACAAUGUGCCUAUGAUUGUUUUUGCUAAAGACGGUCAUUAUGGGCUUGAGGAUCUCUCGGAGUCUGGUUAUGAAGUAGUGGGUCUGGACUGGACCAUAGAUCCCAGUUCAGCACGUGUGAGGACUGGAGGAAAAGUUAGUUUGCAAGGCAACAUGGAUCCCUGUGCUCUCUAUGCCACAAAGGCCCGUAUAUCAGAGAUUGUGAAGAGGAUGUUGGAGGGCUUUGGCACCAAGGGCUACAUUGCUAAUCUGGGUCACGGUCUGUACCCUGACAUGGACCCGGAGAAUGUUGCCGCAUUCGUGGAUGCCGUUCACACCCACUCUCGCCAGCUUCUCAACCGCAAUUAAGACAUUAUGUUCUCACAAUCCAUUAGAGGAACUGAAGCAGAUGAAAAACAACAACUGUCUACCCUGGAGCGCUGCGCCAAGCUAUUAUUCAUAAAGGGAUAGUUCACCUUAAAAUUAAAGUUCUCAUUCACUCACCCUCAUGUGUUUUCAAACCCAUACUUCUUUCUUUCUUCCAUGGAGCACAAAAGGAGAUGCUUGGCAAAAAAAACUUCAGUCACCAUUCACGUUCAUUUGCAUGUGUUUUUUUUUCUCUCCAUACAAUGAAAGUGAAAGAAACUUGAGGGUUAGUAAAUGAUGACAGAAUUGAUAUAUUUUGAUUAAAAAUUUCAUUUUGAGUGAUCUAUAUGUUUAAUAUUGUCAUAAGAAUGGGCUUAUACUAAGGAGCCUGAUUCAUUUAAAUUAUGUUGGCCAUCUAUCUACUUGACCUAAAUCAAUUCUUCUUUUUAUAAUGGUUUCACAUCAAUCCAUCUGAUCUUUAAUAUAAUUUUUACUCAAAACGUUUUUUUUUUUCAGCUGGAUGGAUGUUUUCAUCCAUCCAAUAUUUGAAUGCACUGUAUGAUCACUGGGGACUCUGGAAUAAGUGGAGGAGGAUAAAAUCUGAUUAAACAUGAAGCGCCACAUUGGAUUGUUUUUGAUACAGUACCGUAGUAACAUCUGGGCAAAGACUGUCUUUACUGAAAUAGUAACUGACAUUCAUGAACCUCUGUGAAUGUGUGUACAUAUCAAUGGAUGUUUUAUAUAGAGUGAUCCUUUUUAAGACAAACCAACUAUCAGGGGAAUUCAGUUAGGCUGAAUGUCACAAAUCAUGUGCAACCAUUUUUCUAUUUCCUUUGUUUUUUACUAAUCUUUUGGCAUGAGGAGUUAUUCUCUGGAUCUGUGUUUACAGUGUCUCUCUCUCUCUCUCUCUCUCUCACUGCUUUUGCAUUUAGUAAUAAAAAUGUUAAUCCUGCUGGAUUUAAUAGUGAAUGAUGUAUAAGCACCCUGGGUAAGCAAAUCCUUAAAUCCAGUUGUUUUUGUUUUUGGGAGGGUGGGAGUGGGAGUGGGAUUCCCCAGCAACACAUUAUGUGACGUGACCUAUGCCAGAUGUUUUUGAAAAGCCCAGCUCUUCAAAACAAGAAUUUAUUAGAAUUAAUAAACAUGUUUCCACUGUGUUCGAGCUCUCUGAAGUGCAAUUGAAUACAUAAUACAGUUUUUUCUUUACAUUUAGAUUUCAAAUCAAUAUUUUGUUGAGCAAUAGCAGUAACAGAAUAAUUCCUAAAAUUUGUUUUCAGUUUAACCCCUUAUGUUCAUUUGAGAUUAACUGCACUGUUUUUGUGUCCCAAAGAUUCCAUAGUAAAUAAAAUGAUAUAUAAUAAUUUUGAAACUUUUUAAUGACCUAUUCAAAGGCAAGAUAUUUUUUAAGCGUUAUCCCUCUGUUUUAACACAAAGUAUGCAUGGACUUUUCAGAAAUGUAGGUAAAAUGUGAAAUUUGUCCCUGCCAAAACACAUACAAUACUAAUAAAAAAAAGUGGAAAUUGUGUUUGGGAUCAAUUCUCAUAAGAUUAGAAACAGUCAUGAAAUAUCAACCUGUUACUUCACUUUUAAGUAUUUUUCUAGCUAU